AUGGAUACAGCUGGCCACUCUUCCGGGUCUCUUCACAGAGACCCCGAUAUAUACUUGAAGAAAAUUGACCAUGAUCUCGAAGGCCAGGGGUGUAGAACCCCCGCUGUGGACGAGACAAACUCUUUGAACAGUGGUACUGUUGGCCUAGCGAUCGAAACCGAAUCGCACAACACCAUCAAAUAUCGAACCUGCAGCUGGCAAAAGACCGCUGCAUUGCUUUUUUCGGAGUAUAUCUGCCUUGCUAUCAUGUCGUUUCCCUGGUCAUUCUCCGUUCUUGGUCUCAUUCCAGGCGUCAUCUUAACAGUGACGGUGGCAAUGAUUGCCUUCUAUACAUCCCUUACUAUUUGGCGAUUCUGCUUGCGACAUCCCGAGGUCCGCGAUGUUUGUGACAUUGGGCAGUACCUAUUUUGGAACUCCAAAAUAGCGUGGUAUUUGACCGCGGCGAUGUUCUUGUUGAACAACACCUUUAUCCAGUCUUUGCAUUGCUUGAUCGGUUCCCAAUACCUAAACACGAUGUCUCACCACGCGAUUUGCACCGUUGCAUUCUCCGCUAUUGUGGCGGCGGUUUCCCUUUUAUUUUCGUUGCCACGGACUUUCAGCGGGCUGUCCAAACUAGCAACCUUUUCAGCCCUCGCUACCUUCAUCUCUGUGAUACUUGCGACUAUCUUCGCUGGUAUUGAAGAGCAUCCGUAUGAAUGGGAUGCAGAAAAAGGGAGCCCUAUUUUUCUUUUAAUCCCCUCACCUGAUACCACAUUUGUACAGGGACUCAAUGCUUUUCUCAACAUCAGCUUUACAUUUAUCGGCCAGAUUACUGUUCCCAGCUUCAUUGCGGAAAUGAAGGAGCCAAAGGAAUUCUGGAAAUCUCUUACCGCUGUGACUAUAGCUGAAGUCGUCGUCUUUACGAUUAUUGGUGCUAUUAUCUAUCUCUAUACUGGGAACCAGUAUAUGACUGCACCUGCCUUUGGUUCAAUUGGUAAUGAGCUUUAUAUGAAAGUUUCUUUCUCUUUUAUGGUACCGACAAUUAUCUUCUUGGGGGUCCUUUAUGCUUCAGUCUCGGCCCGCUUUAUUUUCUUCCGCCUCUUCGAAGGCACCCGACACAAGAGCAAUCAUACGGUUGCGGGUUGGGCUGUUUGGAGUGGGAUUUUACUUGGUUUAUGGAUCUUGGCCUGGAUCAUCGCGGAGGUCAUUCCUUUUUUUACUGGUCUACUGUCAAUCAUAGGCGCGGUUUUUGGUUCAUUCUUCGGCUUUAUAUUUUGGGGAGUCGCCCAUAUUCGCAUGAGCCACUCCGAUUACGGGCCAAACUUCUACAAGAAACGGGGCCUACGUGGCUGGGUAGAGUUCAUUCUGAACGUUAGCGUGAUUUUGAUUGGCCUUCUCUUUUUAGGCCCCGGAACAUACGCUUCCGUUGAAUCCGUUAUUUCGAGUUACAAGGAAGAUAGUAUUGUUUCUGCCUUCACUUGUGCAGAUAAUGGACUCAGAUCCUGA